CAGUUAUACAUGUUAUUGGUCUGUGGUUUGAAACUUUUUGGCGCAAUUUUCUACGAGUUGUAUUAUAAGUUACCGUAAUAAAAUAAAAAUUAGUGAUUACAAAUAUACAUACGUGUUAUAUUAAUAAUUAAACAUUUCGCUGUAUAAUACGCACCAAAAAUUAUUAUUAUGGCACGAACGAGAGCUUCGGUGACGGCUAAAGCUGUAACUGGUAAAAGCAGUAAAGUAAGAUACAGUGGCGCCAAACCAUCCAAGAGUACUGGCCAGUCAGUUCCAGGUUCCCACAGUGAAAAAUCUUCUCGGACGCUAUCUGGAGGCAACCCUGUGUGUCCGCGAGAGACUCCUAAAUGGCAGAAGCCUAUCACCAACUUCUUUGUUGUGAACCAGUCUGUCAAGACUGUUGAUGAAGAGGAUCCUCAGGCUGGCACUUCAAAAUCAAAACCAAAACGCAAUGUCAUAUAUUCAGAUGACGAAGAGGAACAAACAGAAAAACCAAUCAACAAAGAACUAGAUGAAACUAUCCAACUGGAACCCUUAACAGGCGAGGAUAGUCACAAGAUAAACGAGUACUACGUCAAAAAAGAUAAAGGCGUGGAAAAGAAAAGCAGCGAAGAAAAGAUAGAUAAAGAAAACAUAGAUGACAAUGUGACGAGGAAUAAAAGACAUUUAGAUGAACUUAAUGAUGAUGAUGAAAGAGAUAGUAAAAAGAUAAAAGUUGAUCAAUAAUUGUUUGUUAAAUUUUCGAUAGUUUUUAGAAUUAAUUUAAAAAGUCCAAAUCUACUGCAAUUCUGGAAUUUGGACUAUUGGUCAAGUCUAACAGUGCAAACUCAAGUCUUUCAAUUGUUAAACAGAAGUAAAUCUUAUGUAUUAUAUUAUAGGAAUGAGAAACCUUUUGAUGAAGUCGAUUUAGAUGACGAAUGAGAUACUAAAAAGAUAAAAGUUAAUUAUAAUGAAUUAAAUGUAAUUUAUUGACUAGUUUUAAGUUAUCAACUAAUUUUUUUGGGUUUAAUUUAAUUAAGUUUAGUUUAAUUUAAUAGUAUUUCAAAACUACUGCUGUUCUCGGUUUUAGAUAUAAUAGUCUUAAUUUUUCUUAAUUUAAUAGUCCAAACACGAUUUAUAUAUCUCCAUUUGCAGUUUAAUAGUCCGACUCAACUACAGCAAUGAAUUUGUACACUAAGAUUAGCCUAAGAUUGCGUUGAACGUAACAGGUACCUACUAGUAAUAAAAAAAAACGUUAUUUUGUGGAAUCUUUGACUAAAGCAUACACACACGAAAUAAGUUUUCGUCCCCUCAUAUUAAAAAACGAGUUAAAAACGAAUAUCGAUAUCGAGGACAAUAUGUAUAAUUGUGUCAAACUUGUAGUAGGGGUUAGUAACGAAAUGCUUCCUAAUUAUUUUGUGUGUUCUUUUACUUGAUUAUUACCUAUAAGGUUGAUUUUUCAAUCGUUAAAAUAAUCACUGAUACAUGAUUUUGAGGUUUUGACAGUUUUGUAUAGAAAAUCUGUAAAAACGUGAUUGAAAAAUCGGCCUUUAGGAAACUAAAUGUGAUAAAUUAAUAUAGCUAAAUGUACCUACAUAUUUUGUUACUUUAAAUAAAAUAAGACGAAAUA